GACAAACAUCGCAACCUUGCAAAAAACGUGGGACAUUUGUUGAGCUCUGAUGAGACAGAGCUGACGUUCACGUUAACCAAUCAAUAAACUAGAGGCCGACGCAUACCCAACAUUACUGAUUUUUCUCUCUCCACUAAUCAAUUGAUCAUGGCUCGCAUUCUGCAAAACUUGGCCCUCAGCUUCCUCCUAUUGUGUUAUCUGCAAUCCAUAUCAGCCCAAAACUCUGAAGGAUCCAUAGACUGGGUCUCUGAGGAAUCCACAGCCCAGCAAUCAUGGCAGCUCAAGCCCAGACAACAUAGUCGAUAUUGCGAGGCUUGGAGAUUUGGAGUUGAAACCAACAAUGUGCGCAGUUGGAAAAAGAUUCCUUCGGAAUGCGUGGAAGUCGUGGCGAAUUACAUGAUGGGUAGUCAAUAUGCCCUUGAUUGUAGUAUUGUGGCCAAUGAAUCCAUAGCCUAUGCAAGCUCUCUUAAUCUGUCAAACGAUGGGAAAGACGCUUGGGUUUUCGAUGUGGAUGAGACACUGCUCAGCAAUUUGCCCUAUUACCAGGACGUUCAAUUUGGAGCACUGGAUUUCGAUGAGAAUUCUUUUGAUAACUGGGUCGUUGAGGCAGCGGCUCCAGCAUUGAGUUCGAGUCACAGGGUAUAUACCCAUUUGCUUCAAUUGGGGGUCAAAGUGUUUGUAUUGACUGGUAGAGAUGAAACCCAGAGAAAUGCCACUGCGAAAAAUCUGAUCCAGGCUGGCUACCAUACAUGGGAGGAGCUUUAUUUGAGGGGCCCAAACGAUCAUGGGACGAGUGCUGUCGUUUAUAAAUCAGACAGGAGAUCUAAAAUUGAGCAGGCUGGUUUUCAGAUCCGAGGAAGCUCUGGUGAUCAAUGGAGUGAUUUGAUUGGAUAUUCUGUUGGGGAUAGGACCUUCAAGCUUCCGAAUCCCAUGUAUUAUAUCGCCUAAUUUCAGUGCCUUACUUUGUUGACUUUGGCAACUAAAAAUUAUUCUGGAAAUAUGCAGUUGACUAAUCAAACAUCUUCAUAUUAUUGUCUUAAGGAUUUUAAUAUUGGCAACAAAGAAUUCGCUAACAUCUGUUAUAGUCUUUUUAAGAGAACCAUUUAUUUUUA